AUGGGGAAGCGAAAAGCUCCGGAGGCGGAUGGGCUCUCUGUCCUUUUUUAUUGGCAGCAUUGGGAUAUAAUCGGAGAGGAAGUCACCCACAAAGUCAUCUUCUUCCUUAAUGGAGGAGCUUUUCCAACAAGCCUUAAUCAUACGCUAAUUGCACUAAUCCCAAAGGUGAAAUCCCUGAUUACACCGAAGGAUUACCGACCAAUUAGCCUAUGUAAUGUUCUAUACAAGUUGGCUUCGAAAGUCCUAGCUAAUAAACUCAAAACAGUCGUGGAUGAGGUAAUCUCCCCGAAUGAGAGUGCUUUUGUGCUAGGACGCUUUAUUACUGACAAUGUUAUGGCAGCUUUUGAGUGUUUUCAUGCGAUGAAGACGAAGGAGAAAGGACAGUGGGGAGUCUUCGCUGCGAAGAUAGAUAUGGCCAAGGCCUACGACAAAGUGGAGUGGAGUUUUUUGGAAGGAGUUAUGAGAAAGAUGGGUUUUCAGUCAUGGUGGGUGGAGUUGAUUAUGCAGUGUGUUAGCACUGUGACAUACUAA